UUUUAUGAAAGAACAAAAUGGAAAAAUUACAAAAUGACUGGGUGUAGCUGGGCGUACUUAGCAGUGCGGCACCCUAAAACCCUUCUAAACCCUGAUUCUUCUUCCUCUCGCUUCCAGGGACACAGCACAACACAACGCAACCUUGCGGAGCUAAGAAACGUUUCGACAUGGCACCGCAUUCUAAAAAACCGCAGAAGAAGAAGAAGAAGAACGACUCUGUAGACAAGCCGAAAAUCGAUAAAGCCUCUAAGAAAAUAUUCAAACCAAAGAAGAGGGAACAAAAUGACGCCGUCGUCGCCGCUAAGUCCGAAGCACUCUCUCUGCAGCUAGAAGACGAGGUUCCCGAUUUUCCUCGAGGCGGAGAAUUUUCCGCGAAGGGAAGGAGUGAUUACGACGAGUUUAGCGCCGAGGAUCCCUCGAGGAAGACGAGGAAGAAGAAGAAGGGGAGAAGUGCGUCGAGUAAGAGUAAUGAAGGCGCAGAUGACUGGGGCUCGCUUUCUGGCGACGGCAUCACCGGAAAAUUGCCGCGGCGUGUGAAUAGAAUUACUCUCAAGAAUAUAACUCCUGGAAUGAAGCUUUGGGGAGUUGUUGCUGAAGUAAAUGAGAAAGACCUUGUAGUUAGUUUACCAGGGGGUUUACGUGGUUUAGUUCAUGCUUCAGAUGCAGUGGAUCCUAUUUUUGAUGACAAAAUUGAGGUUGGGGAAAUUUUCCUUUCUGGUGUAUUUUGUGUUGGGCAGCUGGUUUCUUGUGUUGUACUGAGAUUGGAUGAUGACAAGAAAGAGAAAGGAAGCAGGAAAAUUUGGCUUUCUUUGCGUCUUUCUUUGUUACACAAGAACUACAACUUGGAUGUUGUUCAGGAAGGCAUGGUCCUUGCUGCAUAUGUGAAGAGUAUUGAAGAUCAUGGUUACAUUCUUCAUUUUGGUUUACCUUCUUUCUUGGGGUUCUUACCAAAAAACAGCUCUGCAGAAGGUUGGGGUGGUGAAGUAAAAAUUGGGAAACUUCUGCAGGGUUUGGUUAGAACCAUUGAUAAAGUUCGUAAAGUGGUUUACUUGAGUUCUGACCCUGAUACAAUGUCCAAAAGUGUGACCAAGGAUCUUAGAGGUUUAUCAAUUGAUCUUCUAGUUCCAGGAAUGCUGGUAAAUGCCCGUGUGAAGUCAAUCCUUGAGAAUGGUGUUAUGUUAUCAUUUCUCACAUACUUCACUGGAACUGUUGAUCUGUUUCAUUUGCAAAAUAUUUAUCCUGGAACAAACUGGAAGGAUAAGUGCAGUGAAUCUCAGAAGGUUGUUUCUCGGAUAUUAUUCAUUGAUCCAUCAAGUAGAGCUGUUGGGUUGACGCUGAAUCCACAUCUUGUUCAGAACAGGGCCCCCCCUUCUCAUGUUAAAAUUGGAGAUAUAUAUGACAACUCAAAAGUUGUUAGGGUGGAUAGAGGAUUAGGACUAUUGCUUGAAGUUCCAUCAAUUCCGGAGCCAACUCCAGCUUUUGUCAGUAUAUCUGAUAUUGCUGAAGAAGAGGUCCAAAAACUUGAGAAGAAGUACAACGAAGGAAAUCGUGUUCGAGUUCGGAUUCUUGGGUUACGAUAUUUGGAAGGAAUUGCUACAGGAGUUUUGAAGGCUAGUGCUUUAGAAGAGGAAGUGUUUACUCAUUCUGAUGUCAAGCCUGGCAUGGUGGUGAAGGCUAAGAUUCUUUCAGUUGACAGCUUUGGUGCUAUAGUGCAAAUUCCAGGUGGUGUGAAGGCACUUUGUCCUCUUCGACAUAUGUCUGAAUUGGAAAUUUCAAAGCCUGGAAAAAAAUUUAAGGUGGGAGCUGAAUUGGUUUUCCGUGUGCUUGGUUGCAAGUCAAAAAGAGUGACAGCUACACACAAGAAAACGCUUGUGAAAUCAAAACUUGGGAUUAUUAGUUCAUAUGCUGAUGCAACUGAUGGUUUGAUAACCCAUGGAUGGAUAACAAAGAUUGAAGUUCAUGGAUGCUUUGUACGGUUUUACAAUGGGGUCCAAGGAUUUGCUCCCAGAUCUGAGCUUGGAUUAGAGCCAGGGGCUGAUCCAGGUACAGUGUACAAUGUUGGACAAGUUGUCAAAUGCCGGGUCAUAAGUUGCAUUCCUGCUUCACGAAGAAUCAAUCUUAGUUUCAUAAUAAAGCCCACAAGGGUUUCUGAAGAUGAUAUGGUUACGCUGGGUAGCCUUGUUUCAGGAGUUGUUGACAGAAUAACAUCUAAUGCUGUAGUUGUUUAUGUCAAUGCAAGUGGUUUCUCAAGGGGUACAAUAUCUAUGGAGCACUUGGCAGAUCAUCAUGGGCAAGCUAUUUUGAGGCACUCAAGAUUGAAACCUGGAUAUAAUUUUGACCAACUGCUGGUUCUAGAUGUUAAGGGAAACAAUUUGAUCCUGUCUGCCAAAAGUUCUCUUAUUAAACAUGCUCAGCAGAUUCCUGCAGAUAUCAAUCAGAUACAUCCUAACUCCGUUGUGCAUGGCUAUAUAUGUAACUUAAUUGAGUCUGGUUGCUUUGUUCGUUUCCUUGGUCAUUUAACUGGCUUUGCUCCUAGAAAUAAGGCUGCAGAUGACCAGAAAAGCAAUAUUUUGGAAGCUUAUUACAUUGGACAAUCAGUUCGCAGCAACAUAUCCAAUGUUAGUAGUGAAACUGGUAGAGUAACACUCUCGCUAAAGCAGACUGCUUGUUCUUCAACUGAUGCAUCAUUUAUUCAGGACUACUUUCUCAUGGAUGACAAGAUUGCAAAGUUGCAAUACUGGGGAUCUGGUGCAUCUGAUUCAAAGUGGGAUGAAGGAUUUAACAUUGGUAUGGUUGCAAAAGGGAAAGUUAAGGAUGUUGAGGAUGUUGGACUUGCUAUAAGUUUUGAAAAGCAUAAUGAUGUUUUUGGUUUUAUUGCCAAUUAUCAGUUGGCUGGAACUAUUUUGGAGAGUGGCUCUGUAGUGGAAGCAUUGGUUCUUGAUGUUGCAAAGGCAGACAAGCUUGUUGAGUUAACUCUAAAACCAGAGUUCAUUAAUAGAUCUAAAGAAAGUUCCACAAGUCAUACCAACAAGAAGAAACGUCGAAGAGAGGCAUCGAAGGACUUGGUAUUGCAUCAGACUGUGAAUGCAGUAGUGGAAAUUGUAAAAGAAAAUUACCUGGUUCUAUCAAUUCCAGAAAAUGAUUACACUAUAGGAUAUGCAUCAGUAUCGGACUAUAAUGCUCAAAGGUUUCCUCAUAAACAAUACCAAAAUGGGCAGAGUGUUGUUGCAACUGUUAUGGCUCUUCCAAGUCCUGAAACAUCAGGAAGGUUGCUCUUACUUCCCAAUGAGGUCAAUGGGACAUCUAGUUCUAAAAGAACCAAGAAGAAGUCUAGCUACAAAGUGGGAACUCUGGUUGAGGCAGAGAUUACUGACAUCAAAACGCUUGAACUGAAGUUGAAGUUUGGAUUUGGUCUACAUGGCCGGAUUCACAUAACAGAGGUACAGAAUGGAAGUGUUUUGGAAAAUCCAUUCUCUUGUUACAAAGUUGGGCAAACAGUGACAGCAAGGAUUGUUGCAAAACCUAAUGAGUCAGAUGGCAAUCGGAAGGGCUCACAGUGGGAGCUAUCAGUCAGAUCUGAAAUGGUUACAGGUUCCAGUGAUAUAGAUGAUGUAUCUGAAAAUCUUGAGUUUAAAAUUGGGCAAUGCGUGGCUGGUUAUGUAUAUAAAGUAGAAAGUGAAUGGAUCUGGUUAACAAUAUCGCGAAAUGUAAGGGCUCAGCUAUAUAUUCUUGAUAGUGCUAUUGAACCCAGUGAGCUUGAGGAUUUCCAGAAUCGAUAUCAUGUUGGACAACCUGUUUCUGGCCAUGUUCUAAGUGUCAACAUGGAGAAGAAGCUAUUACGGUUGGUUGUGCGCCCCUUUUCUACUCUUCCUUGCGGAACUAGUGAAGAGCCACACAUUAAUGUUGUGGAUAAGGGUUUAACAGCACAUUUUCAUGAAGGAGAUAUUUUAGGUGGAAGGGUUAGUAAAAUACUUCCAAGUGUUGGUGGAUUGCUUGUCCAAGUUGGUCCUCGCACAUAUGGAAAAGUACAUUUUACUGAACUUGCAGACACAUUGGUGCCUGAUCCGUUGUCUGGAUAUCAUGAAGGGCAGUUUGUCAAAUGUGUAGUGCUUGAAGUCAGCCACACUGUCAAGGGUACUAUUCAUGUUGACUUGUCAUUGCGAUCUUCCAAUGUGAAGCUUUCCCAGGAUUCUGCCGUGAAUGCUAACAGCAAAUGUGUGGAGAAGAUUGAGGAUCUUCAUCCUGAUAUGAUUGUAAAGGGUUAUAUUAAGAAUGUCACACCAAAAGGUUGCUUCAUUAUGCUGUCACGAAAGAUUGAUGCCAAAAUUCUUCUGUCCAAUCUUUCCGAACAAUAUGUUCAAGAACUUGAGAAAGAAUUUCCUAUUGGAAAACUUGUCAUUGGCAGGGUUAUAUCUGUGGAGCCUCUCUCAAAUCGUGUUGAAGUUACACUGAAGACGUCAACGGAUCCCAAUAUACCCAAAUCUGAGAUUAUUGAUUUAAGUAAAUUUCACGUUGGAGAUGUUAUAUCUGGCCGGAUUAAGCGGGUUGAGUCAUUUGGUUUAUUCAUUGCAAUUGACAACACAAACAUGGUUGGGUUAUGCCAUGUAUCAGAAAUUUCUGAUAACCGUAUUGAGAACAUUGAAGCAAACUAUAGAGCUGGAGAGAGAGUAAAUGCAAGAAUAUUAAAGGUGGAUGAAGAAAGACACAGAAUUUCUUUGGGAAUGAAGAAUUCAUAUAUGAGGGAUGAAACCAUGCUUCAAAUACCAUCUGAGGAAGAAUCAGAUGAACCUAUCACAGAUGGAAUGAAGUCUAUAACUUCUAUGAAUAGUAGUUUGCUUGGAACCUCAAAUAUAGAUGUUGAGGAUGAAAUUAAUCAAUUCCCAAUUCUUUCACAAGUACAACAAAGGGCAGACAUUCCACCACUUGAUGUUCCCCUUGAUGACUUUGAUCAAUUUGAUGUAAAUAACACUAACAGUCAAAGUGAAGAACAUGCAAAUGAAGAAGACAUUGUAAAUGAAAAACAUAAGAGACGUGAAAAGAAGAAAGCAAAGGAGGAGAGGGAGAAGCAAAUAAGGGCUGCUGAGGAAAGAUUACUGGAGGAUGAUGUCCCUAGAACUGCUGAUGAGUUUGAAAAGCUGAUUAGAAGCUCUCCUAAUAGCAGUUUCACCUGGAUAAAAUAUAUGGAUUUCAUGGUUUCUAUGGUUGAUGUUGAGAAAGCCCGCUCAAUUGCCGAAAGGGCUUUGAGGACAAUAAAUAUCCGAGAAGAGAAUGAGAAGCUUAACAUCUGGAAGGCCUACUUUAAUUUGGAAAAUAAGUAUGGAAACCCUAGAGAGGAGGCUGUUAUGAAAGUAUUCCAAAGAGCUCUACAGUACAAUGAUCCCAAAAAGGUCUACCUAGCACUCUUGGGAAUGUAUGAGAGGACUGAACAGCAUAAUUUAGCCGAUGAACUUCUCAAUAAAAUGACAAAGAAGUUCAAGCAUUCAUGCAAAGUUUGGUUGAGGCGUAUACAAAGUCUUUUGAAGCAAAACCAGGAUGGAAUCCAACCUGUCAUUGAUCGAGCUUCGUUAAGCCUUCCCAAACACAAGCAUAUUAAAUUUUUCUCUCAGACAGCUAUUCUUGAAUUCAAAGUUGGGGUUCUAGAUCGAGGGCGAUCCAUGUUUGAAAAAAUCCUACGGGAGUACCCAAAGAGAACAGACUUAUGGAGUGUUUAUCUUGAUCAAGAAAUUCAACAUAAAGACAAAGAUAUAAUUCGUGCACUGUUUGAAAGGGCUGUUAGUCUGAGCCUCCCACCGAAAAAGAUGAAGUUCUUAUUCAAAAAGUAUCUUUAUUAUGAGAAGUCCCAAGGUGAUGAAGAACGGAUUGAAUCUGUGAAGAGGAAAGCAAUGGAAUAUGUCGAGAGUACUAGGGCUUGAUAUAAAUUCACCACUGCUUUAGUUUUGAAUUCUUCAACUUGCAGCCACUCUGGAGUCUAAGCUGGAUAUCUUAAGACCAAGCUUUGUGUUAGAUAAGGCAUGACAACUAAACAGUACAUGUUUUCCCAAAUCACCUGGAGACAGUAUUUGAUCUUGGUUGCCUCUGUAAAUGGAGUGGUUCUAACACUACCUAAUAGUGUGCUGCUAAGUGCUAAUGUGCUUUGUGCAGCAUAGGGUGAGUUGUGAAUGCAUCAAAUGAGCACGAGAAAACCUUUGAGAUGAAAUAUAGGUCUUUGUAUUGUCUUUUGCCCGUUUAUUGCAUUUGGGCUGUAAUUUUUUGGUUUGACACAUGAUUUGUCAUGGGCGCAGAGGUUAGGACAAUGUUGUAACGUUGGUAUAGUGUUAGGUUAUAACGAAAUUUUGAGAAUGUAACCAUUACUUUAUAUAUUCUUAUAUGCUUAUGCUCCAAAAUGAGAAAUUGUGGCUUUUUUUUUUCAAAAA